UAUGUAGCCGCAAGCUUAACACAGCGCUCAUCUCCUCCGUGGCACCCUUCCUUGUCUCUUCUCAAAUGUGCGACUUACUCCGUCGGCAGAAGCAGAGGAUGUUGAGGCUUAAUUCAUGUUAACUACACACGUUAAUAUGAGGAUGAAGAGAUAAAAUAACACCUUGUUGAAGUCUCAGUUAAGUUAAAUGAAAGUGGAGUGACAAUGUUUGCUGUUGACUGAAGUCCACUCAAGAACCAAAAUGAAGAGGAGGCUGCUUCGUGGUUUUCUGUCGGAAAUUUCCAUCCGGAUGGCGCUGUUGAUCGUGUUCCUUGUGACGGAGCAGCUUCCUCCUUUCUACCGUGAGAUCCAGCAAGAGGAAAUGUGGUUGUAUAAAUUCCAUCGUGUGGAGAGAGACCAUGUACCCACUUCUCUUAUGUUUAGUAUAGCAGUUUUCACCCCGCUGAUUGUAAUCCUGGUUUUCACCUUCCUGAUGAAGUCGGAACGAGGCGAUCUAAAAGAAGCCUCGCUGGCUGUGACUUUGACUCUGGUGCUGAACGGAGUUUUCACCAACGUCAUCAAACUUGUUGUUGGCAGGCCACGACCAGACUUCUUCUAUCGCUGUUUCCCAGACGGUCAGAUGAACCUGGAGUUGCGCUGCAGCGGUGACCCAGAUGUAGUCAUGGAGGGCAGGAAGAGCUUUCCCAGCGGGCAUUCUUCCUUUGCCUUUGCAGGUUUGGGUUUCACAGCGCUGUACAUCGCAGGAAAGCUGCGCUGCUUCGGUGCAGCAGGCCAAGGCAGAGCGUGGCGGCUGUGUGCCUUUCUCACACCUUUACUCAUUGCGACUGUGAUCGCCCUCUCCAGAACCUGCGACUACAAACACCACUGGCAAGAUGUAUUGGUGGGUUCUCUUCUGGGCCUCUCCUUUGCCUGGUUGUGUUACAGACAACACUACCCUCCUCUUCAGGACGCUGAGUGCCACAGACCUCUGCGUCACAGAGAGACUGUUCCCGCCGCACAGGAGCGCAAACUGGCCAACUCCAACUACAUCCUGCCCCUGUAGACUGCUAUCUGCUCUGUUACUGGUGUCGUUCAUACUGGGUUACAUGGUAAUCCUUCUAAUUCCAAUUUUCACACCCGUAGGGCUGGGCAGUCAAUAUUUAUUGUUUAUCGUCAAUCAUUGUAACUGUAUUGUGGAUUUCUUUUUGUAUGGUGACACAUGGUGUAUUUUCUAAACUAAAAAAGACUAAUGCCACAUUUCUUCUGAAUGGUUUCUGAAACACUUGAGAGUUGCUGUAAAUAACAACUCCAGUUUAACAACUACAUGAACAACUUGAAGUGUGAGUUUCCAAAUCUAAACCGACAUCAUUACAUAUAAAAGUUAUCAACAUUGAAGGGCCUGGUGGAUACAAUGACUUCUAUUAUUUUCCAUAAGGCCCAGCCCUUAACACGCUGUGUAUUGUGCCUAUAGAUUACAUCACUUUAAAUACGCACAACAGCUGAGCAGGUCAACUACACAAGCACUGCACUAAUAGUCCACUGCCCAUCAACCACCGGCUCAGCUGCUGUGAGGCAGUUUGUCAUGUUGGAACACUUUUUGGGGAUUGUUUUGUAAACUUGCAACUUUUUCAACAAGCAGGGUUGAGGUUUGUGCGUGCACGGAUGUUCAUUCUUGACUUUUGGGAAAACAAUAUAUGGUAAAGAGAAUCAGUGCUCAACCUUAUGCCGAAACGAUUAUGUGGUUAAGUUAACACUUUUGAUAAUUGACAAUUUUUUUGGUUGUUAAAGCUUUGGGUUUUUGCAGCUUCUUAAAUGUUAAGAUUUGCUGCUUUUUUGUCAUUGUGAAUUUAAUGUAUAAAUAUUGGUAAGACAAAACAAGCAGUUUGAAGUUUUGACAUUUAUCAGACUAAAUCAUUGACUAAUCAAUUAAUAUAAAAGAAUACUUAAGAUGUUAGAUAACUAAAAUAAUCAUAAUUUUUUAGCUCAAGCUCAAAAGGGUCCUUUUAUUAAUGAUUGAGAGCUUUCAACUGCAUCUUGAAGUGUUCUGCAAAAGGAGCUGGUUCAGGUGUAAUCACGAGAACUGAAAGUGAAACAACAGCAGACUGAAAGAACACCAUAAGGAGAUCCUUGAACCAAUACACGGGUUAAAAUCUUUCCUCCGUACACAACCACUGACCGUUCCAAAUAAUUAGCAUGUGGACCUUUUGAGUUUAGAUCAUCUGCACCAUAUUGUAUUUGAUUUGACAACCACAAACUGGUGUAGUAAGAGGUGUUUAUGUGGGCUGUUUGUAUCUAAAAGUAGGGGUGGGUGAUACGGAUAAACUCCUAUCAGUAUAUGUCUUUUUACACCAUCAUAUCAAUACUUUAAUAUCUGUGAAAAAGCUCAGAAAUGUCCUAAACCAACUGGGCGCUGUAGUUUUUAGUAAACAUUACUCAUCCGGGAGUAAAUAGUGCAUUUGUUGGGGACUAGUUUCAGCUGUGGAUUAAUACACAUUUAGUGGCCAUGUUGCUUUGGGACAACAAUGAAGGUCUAUGGCACAAAUGAAAAAGAUAUGUCCGGCUUUGUUUACACACAAUGCUUUUCAGUAGGAUCAAUUCAUUGUUGGUUUUUGAUUUGUUUAAAAACAAAAAAGUACAGAAUAUCACCAGACUUUAUGAUAAAAAUCUUUAACAUUUGACAAAAUUGCUAUCGUCCCACAGUACAUAUGGCCCACCCUGCUCUGAAAGCACCUUUAUGCAUAAAGCAGGUUAAUCAAAACCACUUGGUCAGCUGUAUAUCUUCAAUCUAUCUCCACAUUGCUCCACUGUUUCUGAGUGCUUUAAAUCUUUCUGUCUUCCUAUAUUAUAUUUAGAAUGUUUCCAUUCACAGAUUGUUUGAUUAACAUCUGGAAAGGGUUCAUAUGCCCAGUCCUUAGUAUAACGCACUGAUGUAGCAGCUCCACUCAUCUCUUCUCACAGUUUUUGCAGUGCUUGCUGUACUUUCUUUGUGACAAACACAAAUGAUAAUCACAACUUUGCUCUAACUAAGACAGCACAUCUGUUAAUAUAGUUAAUAUGACUGUAACAGAAGGUUUUCCUACACGAGUGGUCUCAGGCUGACUGUAGGUCUGGUUCUCGUAACUCUUCUGGCUCCUCUGCCAACAAUUCUGAAGUGUGAAUGUUCACCAGAAGUGUACAGGGGUUAGUUGUUGGAGUGACAGUGACACCAGAUCUUUCUGAUGAACCUGAGUGCGGUCAGAUUGUAACCUCUUCAGGUGAUGGUGCUAGCCUCCCAGUGCUCCUUUUGGUGAGGUUUUCUAUCCUGUUAAUUGUUUUAUUGGCAUGUAAAGGUUUUUGUUUUCUGGAAGUUUUUCAUCAACUUUAACACUUAGCAAACGCUAAAGUCUGUGAUUCAGUUAUGAUUUAACAACUUUUUUUGUUAAAUGUGAUUUUUGUUAAAUCUUUUUUUUUUCUGUUUUAUCUUUCCGUUGGGUUUGUAAGAUUGGUUUUCAAUUGGAAAGGUUGAAAACAUGAUUGUGUGCAAUCAGCCAAAGUUUUGCGGGGUCAAAGCACACACGUCGCUGUGAAUCAAGCAGCUGGAUCACAGUGGUUUCAGACCAAACUUGGCAGAGAAAAACAGAUGAAUUUGUGCCUUUGUUUACUACAUUAAUUUGUUACUCUUAGUUAAAUAAUUAAUUAUAUACUGCAUGUCCUCCCUGUCACGUACACAACUUUGUUCUGAAUCUUAUUUUAUUUUAUUUUUUUAAGUGUAUAGGAGUCCGUUGUGAAUAUACUACAUGAUGUUUAAAUGUGGCAUGCUGCCUUUCUUUACCUCAGAAAAAAAAAAUCUUUCUUUCCAUAAAUGUUAUUGUUGAUGGAGUCAAAUGUGAAACUGUCUGGGUGAGAGAGUAGCUAAGAGGAGAAAAAACUUAACUUUUUACAAAACUUAGACACAAAUAAUAUCUUACGUUACUUGGUCAAUCUUACAGGUAUUAUGAUAUGACGUAUAGGUCUAAGUGUAUUUAAUUUUGGGGCAUGUAGGAAUUUACUUGAAUUUUGAAUAUUUGUUUGUUUACCUUUAAAUGUGAUCAUGUUAUUUCAUGGAAAUAGGAAUCAUAUUUGUGGGCACGUGGCUUUCUGGGGCAUCUUUAGACAAAAAAAAUGUAUUCGACUUUGCUGCAUUUUGAUAAAAUCCUGCAUGUUUCACAGCUAAAUAGCAACAUAUUUACUUCAUUACUUCCUUCCAAAUCCCAUCAGUCUCCAAUCCAAUCCAUUUUCAUCUGUUUCUAUUAAUUUAUGUACAUGAAUACUGUAUCAGGUUGUGGAUUGUGUCUGGUUUCUUUCAGAUCUUCUGUCAUUACAAGGGACGAUACUAAAACUUGCCUGUUUGCUUUAUUUAUGUCAUGCUUAUCAUAAUUUGCCUUGGCUUGUAUAGCAGCCACUUUUGCUGAUAUCCUGAUUGUACAUGUUGUGAUGCUUUUAACAACUCUUUUGGUUUCUAAAUAAUCUUGCAAUACACACUGUCCUUUGCUUA